GUUCCGCUUCCGUCACUCCCCCCUUCGUUUGCAUCGAACCGGUGAAGCGUGUGCUAGCUAGCAAGCAUCUAGCAUCCAGAGAAGCAGAGAAGCACCCACCCAAUGGCACACAACCGCAGUCGCUCAACUCGGAAAGAGACUCAAGCGUAAGAACUCACUCAACUCUCAAACGCGGCACGCGCCGGCGCACUCAAUUGGCUCGUUGAAAUGAACUGACGACGAACGACAAAAGGGGGCGGGGGUGGCACGGCGAAUUCACUCAAAAUGGGGGACGCUGACGGAACUCGUUCCUCGCGUGCUGAGAGCGGGGGCGUUGCCUUUGAACGAGCACGACGCCAUGGCAACCAAUCACCACACAACCCCCGGCAAAAACGAGCUGAGCAGAGAAACCAGUUGAGCGAGUUUCGUUACGGUGGUGUGUGUGCGUGUGUGUUAGUGUUUGCUUUAUGCUGCCUAACACACACACACUAACACACAUGCAUGAAACCGGGUCGUCACAUCCAUGCUGCUGCUGCUGUUGCUGCUGUUGCUGCUGAUCCCAUGAGCCAUGGGCAAUAAGCUGAGCAGUGAAUAGAGCGCCGGCAGUUUAUGCAGUGGCCUCGUAGCUGUAACAACGUCGUCGCUCGCCUCAACGCCGUUGCUCGUUGUUCGUUGUUGUCGUCGUAGUUUGAGUUUGAAGUUCUCGCCUCGAACUCUCGCAUCAGCAUCAUCGCCGGCCAGAGAGCCGGAGAUAUUAUAACGGGGAGUCUCAGAACCGUCUGCUGUUGUUAUCGCGCCACGCGUUUCGCGUUUCACGCCGCUUCUUUGAUAAGCAGACCGCUGCGAGUUUUUAGCGUCGGCGAACCACAAGAAUUCAAUUAACAAAUCAAACGUAUGACAACAAAAAGUCAUAACAAAUUACUAAGCCCAGUGAACAAUUUUCAAAAUUUCAUAUGUGCUAAUUAAUAAAAAGUGUUGCAAACGCAAAACGAGUGCGUAGCUACUAUAUUCAUCAUACUCAUACUCACACUCACACUCACACUCAUACUCGUAUUCGUAUUCGCACUUAUGCAAUUAAUUUGCAUGCAUUUGGUGGCAUCGGUUGGACGCUUGACAAACUGAUUGUCAAGUUGUCACAAAAAAGAAAGAAAAAAGAAAACAUUACGCAUCCAGCGUCCAGCAACAAGUGAUUUAUCAUCGAUCUAUCGCCAAAAAGCUGGCUGAAGAAUUUUGUGCAAAAGACUUGGAUUAAAAAUCGCCAAAAUUGUGGAGGCAAUUAAAAUGAAGACUGAGCUGCGUUCCUGCGCAGCGUGCGGUGAGCCAAUCUCGGAUCGAUUUUUCCUCGAGGUUGGCGGCUGCUCGUGGCACGCCCAUUGCCUCAGAUGUUGCAUGUGCAUGUGCCCGCUGGAUCGUCAACAGUCGUGCUUCAUCCGGGAACGUCAGGUCUACUGCAAGGCCGAUUACAGCAAAAAUUUCGGCGCCAAGUGCUCGAAAUGCUGUCGCGGCAUCUCCGCCUCGGAUUGGGUGCGACGUGCCCGAGAUUUGGUAUUCCAUUUGGCCUGCUUUGCCUGCGAUCAAUGCGGUCGCCAGUUGUCCACUGGCGAGCAAUUUGCGCUCAUGGAUGACCGUGUGCUCUGCAAGGCUCAUUAUCUUGAAACGGUCGAGGGUGGCACCACAUCAAGUGACGAUGGCUGUGAUGGUGAUGGUUAUCACAAGAGUAAAACGAAACGCGUACGCACCACAUUCACCGAGGAGCAAUUGCAAGUGCUGCAGGCCAACUUUCAGAUUGACAGUAAUCCGGAUGGCCAGGAUUUGGAGCGCAUUGCCUCAGUAACUGGUCUGAGCAAGCGUGUGACGCAAGUUUGGUUUCAGAAUUCGCGUGCGCGUCAAAAAAAACACAUACAUGCUGGUAAGAAUAAAAUACGCGAACCGGAAGGAAGCUCAUUUGCGCGUCAUAUUAACCUGCAGUUAACGUACUCAUUUCAGAAUAACGCACAGAAUCCUAUGCAUAUGAAUGGCACCAAGGGAGCCCUCUAUCCAGCGCAUGAAUCCAUGGAUGAGCUGUCGCAGGACUCGAGCGUCCAUUGCAUGCCCAGUGAGGUGUGACUGGAGCAGUCCUCGCCAGCGCGUGCUCAUCGCUAGCACUCGAUGAUGAUCUACAUCAUCGGCUAGCAUGACAAUUGUCGUCGCUGUCGUCGCAAGAGUAAAAAGCAAACAAAACAAAACAAAACAAAAAAACAAGCAAAACACGUCCUUUCCUAGUCAAAAUUUUAUGUAAAGCGUCGUCGCUCAUAUGAAAUGCAAAACAAAAACCAAAAAUACAAAAAAAACAAA